CAGUAACUACUACUUUUCUUAGGUUUCAAGAAGAGAGACUCCAGUUAUAUCUUUCUCUCACACGCCUAGUCCACCUGAUCUCUCUCCCAUGCUUCGAGAGGGAGAAGGAGGCGAGGAAAGCUGAGAACCGGAAGCAUGGGACUAGGCGUCGGGUGCGAUACCAUCAGGAUGGAGAGCGAUCAUGGUGACCUCGCGGACAUAGUCCGAGCCGGUGGCCGAAGCGGCCCAUCGAACACCGAGUUCGAGCCGGUUGCCGAGUGGCAGCUCCCUUCGGGGCCGGUGUUUGUUCCUACGAGAACUGAAACCCCUACCAACAACUUCGGAGAUCCUUUCCUCAACCUCCGCGACCCUCUGCUGAAUCAGUAUAUAGGAGCGGAGUUGUUUGAAGGCGCAGAAGCUAUGGUGGCACCGGCCAGUAUGGUCGUAGCAAGCAGCAGCGGACAUGGCGGCGACGAGCGGCUUCUUGUAACUCCCAAGAUGCUAACCGGCGGCGAGCAGGAGAUUAAGGGGCCCUGUACAAUCGUCUCAAGGGUUCUUCAGAUCUCGCCUGUUGCCGGCAAUACUAAGCCUUCCCCGCUUCCACCGAGACUGAUAACGCCGCCUCCCGUAGGGGCCGGGGAGAUGAUGAUGAUGAUGAAGAUGAGCAGCGGAUCCAUAGCCGAACCGGUGGAUAAUGAUGGUGGAGUGCAGAUCUCGUCCCCCCGGACUCCAGGGAUCAAACGAAGAAAAAGCCAGGCAAAGAAGGUGGUGUGCAUUCCUGCACCAGCAGCAUCCAGCAACAGGUCCAGCGGUGAGGUUGUUCCAUCUGAUCUAUGGGCUUGGAGGAAGUAUGGCCAGAAACCAAUCAAGGGUUCUCCUUAUCCAAGGGGCUAUUACAGAUGCAGCAGCUCCAAAGGAUGCUCGGCGAGGAAGCAAGUGGAGCGCUGCCGAACUGAUCCUAACAUGUUGGUCAUCACCUACACAUCCGAGCACAACCACCCAUGGCCUACGCAACGCAACGCGCUCGCAGGAUCCAUACGAUUCCACCCAUCCAAGACUGCCUCAAGGAGCUCCGGUGGCAGCAUUCUCAACUCACCCACGGCUCCGAAGGAAGAGACGCAGGAGGCAGCAACCAUGUCGAGCGAGGCUGAUGAGAUGGGGAAGACGACUGAGCAAGCUGAAGAUACUGGGUUCCACCAAAUUAUCCACCCAAGUUACGAGCCAACGAUCCCAGAAGCGGAUCAGCCCGAUGACCUCUUCGCGUAUUUAGCGGAGUUGGAGGCCGACCCGCUGAGCCUCAUCCUGUCCAAAGGAUUCAUGGAAACAAAGCCAGAGGAAGGGGGAGGAGACGGCUCCAUGGACGACCCCUCCUUCAACAUGUUCGACUGGGCAGGGAGCUCAUGAAGGAAAGCAAGAAAGGUUUAUACCAAGACCUUGCGACAGCAAAGACUCACCUCAGUAGUAGAGGGGAGACAAGAGAAGGAACAAAAAGUGGAGAUUUGUUAUCCUACAAUGUAAAAGACGUUCUCGUUCAAGGUCUAGCUAUAAACCUUUUCGAA